AUGAAGUCCCCAAGAAUUGUUGCACUGCGACGGAGCAUGAUUGGUCAUGGUUCCUGGAUGAUUCUGUCCACGCUUUUGGGAGGGGUUGGUCUGUGGAUGUAUAUUCUUGGAGGUUUUGAGCUCAUCCCUGGCUACGUCCUGAAGUUCAGUCUCCCCGGAAGCGAAGCCGGCUGGGUACGUUGCCACACAGGUCCCGCGGCGAAUGGCUUCAUGGUUAUCGUCUCUGCACUGGGAUUGCCAUAUCUUGAUCUCCCUGAUUCGACCGCUGAAUGGAUUGGCUGGAUUUUGCUGAUGGAUGGAUGGUCCAAUGUGGGGUUCUAUUACUUUGCCAAUAUCUCACCAAACCGUGGUCUAGCAUUCGGCAAGAGCCGGUUGGGGCCUUCGAAUAUCUUCAGCGUCCUGGCUCUUGGCCCAGCCUAUCUAUUUGGUGUCUUGGCCAUUGGGGCUUUAGCUGUUAUGGGCUAUCAUGCCCUAUAUGGCCCGAAUAGGCCCAAAGCCGCUGCACGCAGGGCAUAG